AUGUCUUUCGAUCGAGUUCUCCCCAAGCCCGCUGCUUUGCACUAUGACUCCCCUCAAGUUACUUUUCCCAGGCCGACCAGUAACCUCCUCGAGCACAAGAUCAUGAAUGAUAACGUCUCUAAGGUGUCCAUGCUGGACCGCCAUAUGGAUGGAGUUUCAAUGGGGAGUUCAUGUCGAUAUGCAGCCGAUGGAUUGCCUCAAAUCCAUCUCUCUUCCUUGAACCGGGCCAAGAUUGCUCUGAACAAGAUAGCUUCCAAUGCUCCUAUCGAGCCGCCAAAGCCCGCGGCUCCUUUGCCAGCAAAGAGCAUCCCGUUCCGAGAACGGUCCUCGGUAUCUGAACGCUCCUCAUCCUCAAGUCCUGUCAAGUCAGCUACUUCGAGGGAGUCCGUGACACAAUUUUGUCUGUGUCAACCGGACCCUAAAAUCCCAAGGCCUCGCAAUGCUUUCAUCCUGUAUCGUCAGCAUUAUCAAGCGGCGGUGGUUGCGCAGAAUCCGGGUCUUGCUAAUCCCGAUAUAUCAAAAAUUAUUGGCGAGCAAUGGAGACGGCUUCCUCAGGAGACGAAGGAUGAAUGGAAAGCUCUGGCAGAGGAAGAGAAGGCUCGGCAUCAGCAGCAGUACCCUGAAUAUCGGUACCAGCCUCGACGCUAUGGUAGGGACGGAAACCCCCGGGGCACAAGUUCCGGCAUCAGCCAUAACCCUCCAGGCUCUACUGUCUGUAGUCGGUGUGGGGGGCGUGUGAUGAAUCCUCCAGUAUCACCUGAGACCCCUUUCAAUCCGAAUGGCUCUUCCAAGGGGAAUGGAGCCUCAUUACAGCACGAAACGAUCACAGCACGCAGCUAUCCGUGUCGGUCUAAAGACUCGGACCGACCCUCCAACCCUAUGAAGAUGGGAAACAAUGGAGAGUCUCUCCCACCACGGCAACGCCAGUGGGAAGAGACGGUGAAUGGGUCCCCGGACUCCAAGCGUCGCCGAAUCAGCACACAGUUGCCCAGCAAAGCACGUAUUCACCGGGAGAGAAGCCCAGAUGCCUCAUACCCAAUAUCACCAUAUACUCACCCAGAGGCACCUAACCCCCGUGGAUCAUUCCACAUGUUGCAGCCUCCACGACCUUACCGGGGUGUUCAGGAGUACCCCCAACCUGACCCUAGUCUGAAGCUCCCGCCGCUACAGACAACUGCGCCUGUGUGCAGCUCUGCGACGCCAGUGACUCAAUAUGUCCAAGAAGGUUCCAGUCUGGAGGCUACAGUGAUGACUAUCCCAUUCCUGAAUAAGAUCAAGGUACUCGCUAAAAUCUCGCCACCCCUCCUCCCUUCUUUCCGUGAUGGAGCCUCACGGAGACGGGGAGCCGUGGUAUCAGUUGACGGCCAAGACCCUAUCGCUGUGAAGUCAGUUGUUGACUUUCUUAACAAUACAUUGGAGAAAGAAGGAAAAUACCACACCCACAUUUUUGAAGGACCCGAUAUUUGUCUGCGGGAAGGUUACUCUGAAUCUGGUCAGAUGGGUGAUGCUACGGUUGAUUAUCUGAACACCAUCUCAGCCUGGCACCGCAUUUCAGAUGAAAUCCUGAGCUUCGUCAAACCCCUGUAUGGAUCUUUGGAACCGAAGUCCGUGGAUGAAGACAACUCAACACCAGGAGCGUCGCCCAAAAGCUCUAUUCCUAAAGGAGCCGAUAUUCAUAUCAGUUCACCGGCUCAGUCGAGCGAGAAUGGAUCUGUAUCAUACUCAUCAUCUUCCGGCUCAGCACCCUGCCCUGUACCUGUGGCCCUGGUUCCUAGGUACCAGCUUACUACAGCCGACGCCUUCGCUUGCUCCGUGCCUAUCGGAGACUCUUACGCGCCACUAGAUCAUUGGCAGUGGAUGGCGUCUCUUUGGCGUGCCUGUGUAGGCCCAGAUAUUACAGUAUAUGUUCGUGAAUGUGAGAAAGACGAAUUAGAUCGAUUUGGGGGGAACCCCGUUGAAGUUCGCUUGCAUGACGCGCGAACUAUAGUGGUGCGGAGAGCAGCUGGUUCUCCGAGGGAACUAGAGGAGAAGACUUUAAAGCGCGUGGGGUUUGAAAUCGAGGACUACCUCACCCAAUAA